AUGGCCAUCGCUGCCGCACAACGUAAACAGGUCCUUAAGGUGUUGAUGCUCUCACUGCUGUUAGAUCUGAUCUCCUUUACAUUUAUUUUACCACUCUUCCCUUCUCUCUUGUCCUUCUAUCGUGCCCAGGACCCGUCGCCAAAUUCCCUCCUCAAUCGCAUCUUCCAUUACCUCAAUGCUUACAAGAAUUCUUUCGCCCGCCCAAUCGACUCGCGCUACGAUAUCGUUCUACUCGGCGGCGCCCUUGGCUCCCUCUUCUCCCUUCUCCAGGCCGUCGUCGCCCCGGUAAUAGGUCACCUGUCGGAUAAACAUGGCCGUCGCCGCACUUUGCUAUGGGCCAUGAUUGGAAACCUCCUCAGCGUCACGCUGUGGGUCUCCGCAACGGAUUUCCGCACCUUCUUGGCCAGUCGCGUUGUUGGCGGCCUCAGCGAAGCAAACGUUCAAUUGGCCAAUGCUAUCGUGGCCGAUAUCACGGAUGAAGCGCACCGCGGCGCGUCCAUGGCUUUGGUGGGCGCAUGCUUCAGCGUCGCUUUUACUUUCGGUCCUUUACUCGGCGCUGGUCUGAGUUCUGUGAAGAUUGUCGCCGCUAAUCCGUUCAUCAGUGCCGCGCUCAUGUCGCUUGUGCUUAUUGCGCUGGAGACUUUCUACCUUUGGGCCUGUCUGCCUGAGACGCAUCCGCGCCUCACUACUCUCAAGCACGAGGCUGAGAAGGAGGCUGAGGAUGAGAGUCCCGCCAAGGCUAAGGACGUGAAGAAGGAUUCUUCGCCCGCACAAAAACCACACACUAAUAACCCCGCUGUUCUCAAUGCCAUUCAUUUCCUUUUCUUGCUCCCCUUUUCUGGGCUGGAGUUCUCUCUUCCAUUUUUGACUGCUACGCUCUAUGCCGAAACGUCGAAUGCUAGCCCUGCCGCUUUGAAUGGUCGCCUUCUUUCAAUGAUGGGCCUGAUUGCUUCCCUUCUCCAGGGUACAUUGGUUCGUCGCUUGCCGCCGCUGGUCACUGUCCGCGCUGGCGUGGUGGCCUGCGCUUUGUCCUUUUUCUGCCUGGCUCGCAUUUCCUCUGUGGCGGGUCUCUAUGCUGCUGGUGCUCUGCUGGCUAUUACAACCGCCACUGUCGUAACCGGUCUGAAUAGCCUGGGUAGCUUCGAGGCGAGGGAUGCAAACCGCGGUGCGGUCAUGGGUCGUCUUCGUGGCUGGGGCCAGGCAGGGCGAGCCACUGGUCCUAUCCUUUUCUGCUCCUUGUUUUGGUGGGCUGGUCGUGAGGCCGCGUACACCGUUGGUGGUGUUGCCAUGUGCGUCGUCGCGGUUGGCGUCUUUGGUUUCUUGAAGUCGCCCGUUGUUCAUUCCAAGACGGAGUGA